UUGAGAAGCCAUCUAGUCCAGCUGCCUUGCAGUGAACAGGGACACCUACAGCUCCAUCAGUGCUCAGAGCCCCUCCAACCUGAGAAACACCACUUGUCCCUGAUCUCCACCCAGACACUGAGACAUUGACCACCAUUCUCUGGGUACGAUCUCACAAACAGUUCCUCAUCCAUUAAACAGUCCAUCUGUCAAAUCCGUAUCUUUCCAGUUUGGAGAGAAGGAUACUGUGGGGGACAGUGUCAAAGGCCUUACUGAGGAACACGUAGGUGGUUAUAGUGGCUGUUUCUUUGUCUGUUGAUGAACUUAUGCCAUCGUAGAAGGCCACAAGUGUUGGUCAGGCAGGGCUUGCCCGAGGUGAAGCUGGUGAAGGUUGUCACGUAUCACCACCCUCUUCCUUGGCAUAGCUUCCAGGAAGAUAUGUUCCAGGAUCAUGUGGAUUGUAUGGAUUUGACACACACCAAGGUCUCUCUUAUCUGUCCAGAAAUAGCCUAUGUCAUCACGUCCUUGCUUUCAGUGCAUAUUUCUAUGCACAAAGCUCCUGUGUAGCACAGCAUUGCUGGCUCUGUGCACAGAGUGAGCACAGUGUAGUAGAGGUGGAAGCACCUGGAAUAUGGCUUUAGGUGAGAGUGUGAUGGUGUCUGGUAGGUGCACGAUGGCAGAAAGCUACCAGGAAAGAAAAAAUAUGUUUGUUUAACUGGAGGGUUUUCUUGGUUUAGUUUUUGUUUUGUGGAACAAAAUCAUGUCAAGAAUAGAUGAAGAUCUGAGCAGAGAAUCCUAGUGGGACUUGGGCCCCAGGGAGGGGCAGUGCCAUAGCACGUGUAGGAAGAUUUCUGUGCAUUGCUCCCCUUGUUUAGCCAACAUGUCUCAGAUACCAGCAAUACUGUUAUCUGGCAGAAGCACUUCUCCAAACUCCUUCAAUCAUCCUUAAUGACCAGAACAAGUUUUCAUCAAAAAUAGUCAUCCAGAAUGAUGUUUGUUUUCAAAAUAUAGCCCUGUUUGGCUGGCUGCACCAUCUUCAUCAGCUGAGGUGAGAUAAAAGGGCCAAUGGCUUGGCAGAAAAAAUCAGUUUUCUCAAGAGAAGCAACGCAUGAUCCAGAAGGGAGGCAAAGGAAACAGGCUUGCAAUUGUUUGGCUUGCGCUUUCUCUGUUCAGUGUGUGCUGUGAAGUGAGAAGACACAUCUGGCAGCAGGUGAGCAGCUCCACAUGCUUUCUGAGGGACCCUAGGAGAGCUCCAUGUCCCGUGGCUCCUGCAGCCAGAGGUAAGAGAGUUGGGAUGAGAAAUGAAUCUGUAGGGCAGGAGAAUGGGAUUCCUCAUGAUCCCAGUUCCAUUUCCAAACUGCAGCCAGGACUACACUCAGGAGCACUUUUCUCUGUGUGUCUGCAUUCAAUUCUCAUGAAAAGGUAUGUUUUAUUGCAACUGCAUUUUGACUGAGAAACUUGGAAUAGCUUUGGGAAGUGUCUACUUAAUCAGACUGAGAAAGUCACAUACUUUCAUUUUGCAGAUACCAGUCCCUGUGAUGGGUUCAUUUGAUGCAAACCAGCAAUGUAAUUUAAAAUGUCAAAAUGUUAAAGGAAAAACUACUUUGCGAAUAACUUUUCCCUAUCUACGUGUUGCAUUCCUAAAACAUCACUUGGAAUAUUUCAAGAUUUUCGAUCUAUAUUUUAAAUGGAAGUGUCAUCAAGAAGGGCAAGGUUGUCUGACCUUUAUCCCUCUGCUGUCCCACUACUAAGGAGCACAGCAGCCUCUGUAGCUCUCUCUGAUGGGGACAUCUGUGUCAGUAUGAAUGCCAUGCAAACCGUGGCCUCAGGUUUGUGCUUGAUUUGGUCCAUAACUUAGAGCAAAUGGCACCACAAGUUUGGUUUGUUUGAGGUUAUUUCUUUUAUUUGUUAAUGUGUACAAUCUGCAUGAGCCUUGGAGCCAAGCAAAGCAUGUUAUUCACACAAAUGCAAUUCUUCAUGUCAUACCUUCUCUCCUGCUUAGCCUUCCUGGUGCAAUGGAGAAUAAGUCAAGCCAGACAUCACGACAGAGCUCCCUAACACAAGGAGAGCCCCCUGUUGGCUUUACGCACAUCAGAUUGGAGGAGAAUGAGCCCAUCAAAUUCAGGACCAAGGAUUUCAUCCUGAACAAAGCCAGAGAGGUCUGCAAAUGCAAUCAUCAAACCAUCAUCACCUUCUUCUGCCACCUGUUCCCAGUGCUAGACUGGCUUCCCCGUUACAACAUCAAGACGCAGUUGCUUGGGGAUGUCAUAUCUGGGCUGCUGGUGGGGAUAGUCGCCAUCCCUCAGUCCAUCUCAUACUCCCUGUUAGCCAGCCAGGAUCCCAUCUAUGGGAUCUACACAAACUUCUUCAGCGGUAUCAUCUACGUCGCUAUGGCCACUUCACGCCACAACUCUGUGGGAUCCUUCGGUGUCCUUUGCCUGAUGAUUGGGCAGUCUGUGAAUCGGCACCUCCAGAUAGCAGGGUACGAUGACGACACUGGCUCUCUGCUGGUGGGCAAUGCCACCUCCUCCAAUAAUGGGACGGAUACCUGUGACAGGAGCUGCUACGCCAUCACUGUGGCCCUUUCCUUGAGCUUCCUGGUUGGUCUUUACCAGAUCCUGCUGGGAGUUUUACAGCUGGGCUUUGUGUCUGUCUACCUGUCAGAACCUCUUCUCAGUGGCUUUGUGGUCGGCUCCAGCCUCACCAUCAUCACCUCCCAGAUGAAGUAUCUCCUCGGGCUGAAUAUUCCCCGGCACGAAGGGGUGGGGUCCUUCAUCCUGACGUGGGUGGACCUUUUCAGGUACAUCCAGAACACCAAUAUCUGUGACCUGGUCACCAGCCUGGUUGCUUUGGCCAUCAUAAUACCUGUCAAGAUGAUCAAUGAUCGGUACAAAGACAAGAUGAAGGCCCCGCUCCCUGUAGAGUUGUUUGUGGUCAUCAUAGCCACAGUAGUAUCUCACUACUUUAAAUUUGAAGAGCGAUACAAGUCUUCAGUUUGUGGGGCCAUCCCCACCGGUUUCAUGAAACCCACCUUACCAGAUAUAAAGCUGUUUUCCAGCCUGGCAGUCGAUGCUCUGCCCAUUGCUAUUAUAGGCUUUGCUAUGACUGUGUCCCUGGCGGAAAUCUUUGGCAAAAAGCAUGGCUAUCCUGUUAGUGCCAACCAAGAGAUGAUCGCCAUUGGCAUGUGCAACCUGGUCCCAUCUUUCUUCUACUGCUUUGCUAGCUCUGCAGCCUUGACCAAGACUCUGCUGAAGGAGUCCACAGGGACCCACACGCAGCUCUCUAGCCUGGUCACCUCCCUGGUGCUGCUGCUGGUGUUGCUGUGGGUCGCUCCACUCUUCUACUCUCUGCAAACCGCCAUCCUGGGGGUGGUCACCAUCGUUAACCUGCGGGGGGGGCUGAGGGCAUUUUGUGAGACCCCACGCAUGUGGCAGCUGAGCAAGCUGGACACGGUGGUGUGGUGGAUAACCAUGCUGGCCUCCACGCUGAUCACUACAGAGAUAGGGCUCCUCGUGGGUGUCUGCUUUGCUCUGCUCUGUGUCAUCUUCCGCACGCAGAGACCCAGGGCCGCGCUCCUGGGCAAGGUCAGCAACACUGAAAUCUAUGAAGAUCAGUCUGCUUACAAGCAGCUCAGCAGCAUUGCCAACAUCAAAAUCUUCCGCUUCGAGUCGUCCCUUUACUAUGCCAACAAAGACUAUUUCAAGACUGCACUCUACCAGAAAACUGGGGUGAAUCCUGUCCUGCUGGCUGCCAGGCAUCAAAGGGCAGAGACCAAGGCAAAAGCAGACACAGGUAACAGGAAGAGCAUUAUUAACACUGUGUUUGGAUGCCUGAAACCUUCCAAGAAACACAAUGAGAAAUCACCCACAGACAUCUGCCUGCCCUCCAUAGAUAUGCACACAUUGAUCAUUGACUGCGGGGCUAUGCAGUUCAUUGAUACCACGGGUCUCUCCAUGCUGAAGGAGAUGCAUCGUGACUACCAGGAGCUCGGCGUCCAGGUGCUCCUGGCUAACUGCAAUCCUCUCCUCCGCCGCCGGCUGAGGGAUGGCGGCUGGGCUGCUGGACCACCCGGUGACCAACUGGCUUUCCACAGCGUGCACCACGCCGUGCAGUUUGCACAGCAGUGGUACCACGAGAAGCAGGAGAACAAGGAGAGAAGGGAUGCCGCCCUGGACCCUGAGGAGCUGAGCUUCCAAGCAUCUCUGUAAAGCUGAGGGAUGAUUUCUGAUGAGGGUGGGCUUCGCUGCAAUUUUAGGGUGGGGUGUUUGUUUGUUUUUGCAAGCAGAGCAUUGAAAAAUACUUUAAUGAACUGUCAGCAGAAGGCACGGAGUAAACGUGGUGGGCGCUGGGGGGCACGCGUGAGUCGCUCCGGCUCAGCGGCAGGAGGAGCGCCCUUAGGGGUGCUCUCUUUAAAGUUGUGCUAUAGAUAAAUCCACAUCCCGAGGCUCCUGUGCUCCCCAACCAAAUCAGGACCAAGAACCAGCACGGCUCCCACUGCUUCACAAAUGGACGCAAACAAACACUAUAGAGAAUAGGAAAGGAUAGGAGUUGGAAGGGGCCCUUAAAGGCCAUCUGGUCCAGCUCCCUGCAAUGAACGCAGCUCCAUCAGUGCUCAGAACCCCUCCAGCCUGACCAUGGGUGUCUGCAGGGACAGUCAGGUAUCUAUCCCCUCUUUGGGCCAACUGUGCCAGUGUCUCUCCUCCCUUAUUGCGAAUAACUUUUCCAUUAUAUCCAGUCUAAAUCUCCCCUCUUUUAGUUUGAAACCUUUUCCCCUUGUCCUAUCACAGCAGACCUUGCUAAGGUCUCUAUCCCCUCCUAUCCUAUGACCUGCCUUUAGAUACUGAAAGGUCUCCUCAAAGCCAGCAACAGCAAAGCACUUCCCUUAAAAACAAACAAGCUUCAGAAAACUGCAGGGAAUUUGUUCAUCUGACAGCCCUUCCUCUAUCUGCAAAUCCACCGUACGUGCUGCAUGUUUAAUACAACACUAUUCCCCUGACCACGUCUAGGAAACGCCAGCUCUGACAGCUACUUGGAGGCCCAGUGAUGGAGACUUGUAAAUAAAGUGCAUGGAAAAGGAAACCUGCUGGCUCUGCUCAGGCAAACAUUUUCUGGUGGUCAAUAGACUCCUUCAGGUGGGUUAGGGUUAGGGUAUGCCCAACUGCCUGAUGAACCCAGACCUUGCAGGGCUGACUACUCAGCGUGGGGUGUGGGUGUGAGUGGGGUGCAGCUCUGCAAGGCCCACACAGGCCACCGUGGCAUGAGGCAGUUCCCAGGGAGGUUGCAUCAGCCAUGGAGAGUGGAAAAUGGGCAGCUCUGUGAGCAGAAGAGGCAGAGAAUCUGCAGAGAGAAGCCUUGUGACUUUGACUUUGCUUCCUCUUUGGGGCAGCAGAGCCAUCAUUUUCCUUGAAAGCCCCUUUAUGAGGGAAACUGAAUUGUUUUAUGUAGGCUGUAUAUGUGUUUAUGAUCUCAGCGGGUUGAAUAAAGCCACAGGAGGAAGUAAAAUGGGUGCUGAUAACUUCUGGGCACCGCCUGCUGCGAGAUAGCACAGGUGAGGUUCCAUGGGAGCAGGGAUUCCCACUGCCUGCUGCAAUGGGAAACAGUGGCGUUCAGGCACAGAGGAGCUGUGAAAGUGCCAAAGCAACACUAUUACAAGGAUAAUUACCACUUUCCUAUCAGUUCCUAUGAAGAGGCCGUGAGCGGUAAA